GACGCUACGUGGCGCUACCAGUAGAAAUACGAAAACUACUCAAAGCAGAAUUUAUAAUUUCAGUAUAUAGCUUUCGUACAACGUGCAAUACAUGUGUUCGGUUUUUCGACUUUCAAGUUUUCCACAGUGCCAUCAAUUAAAGUUAUUGAAAAUAUUAUAGAAGAAGGAAAAGCAAUAGAAAAAUAAAUAUGGCACUAUCGGUGGUUAUGGCUGUUACAAAUACUGAUAUUAAAUCAAUGAAUAUGAUUAAAAAUCGUUUGAAAUUAUCAGAGGCAUUAUGUAUUAAAAUUCCCCUUCAAGAAUAUCACGAUACUACUACAACAAGUGAAUGUGAAUUUAAUAAAUUUCACUCUUCAACAUUAUCAUGUCACGCGGACUCAAAUUCAACUGAAAGCUCUACAUCCGAUACAAUUAAAUCGUCAAAACAAAACAAGGAAUUAUCAGAGCAAACUUUAGCAAUACGCGUCACUUACAGGAAUCGUGAUAUCUUGAAUUUAGGCGCUAAUCUUAGGGAGCCAUCCUGGCACAGAUGGAAUCCAAGACGACCUCAAUACGAUUCGGUAGACGAUAUACCAAUAACAUGUAACUCUGUAUUCUACCGACUGGAUAUGAGAAAUGAUUAUAAGGAAGACUUUCCCGUGAAAUUUUGCAGGAACUGCGAGUUUCCUAUUCCAAUUCCGAACAUCUACAGCUAAACGCACGUGGUACGAAUGACUUCUUGACGAUUGUAUCGUCAAUCCUGUAAAAUACUGUGAUAAUGGACUGAAGCGGUAGCCGACUAAAACUAAAUUUCUCAUUGAUGAGAAAGAGAGAAAGAAAAAAAAUGAAGAAAAACAAGAAAAAAAAUUCUAGUGCCUUAAAAUAAAAAUUUGUUAAGAAAAUGACGAAAAUUCCCACAGAGUCGGAAACGGGCCGCAUUGAUCAUUCAAAAAAAAAAAACUUUUCUACGUAAUUCUACGCACUAAUUGUAUAUUUAUAAAAUUUCUAAUUAUUUGAUAAAAUCGGAAAUGCCUUUCCGAUGAUAAAGAUGACAUUUAGAAAUACUUAUUACUAAAUUCACAAAGUAUAUAAUAAUGUCUCAUUAUGUAAUUAGUAUUUUUAUAUUUCCUUUAUUAAUUAACAUUUAUAAAAUUGAAACGACGCAAAAGAAAUAAAUCCCCUGCGACUACUGAAAAAUGUCAGUUAAUUUUUCUAAUUAAUAUAUCAGUUUCAUAGUUACUGCCGUAAAUUUAUGAAUUCAUUAAUUUUUUUUCCUCACAAGAAAGAAUACAAUAAGUGCAACAAAUGUUUCUUUUCUUUCAAAAAAAAAAAAAUUAAUAAAUUCAUAUUUUUCAGUUUUAUAAAAAUUUCUUAAAUAAAAAAAAGAUAACAAUUUAUAAUGUCUUAAAAACAAAGAAAAACAAAUUGCAAAAUAUUAAAAAUAAAAAUAAAGAUAAACAAUUUCUAACAUUUCAAAAAAUUCGUUUUAACUUUUUCAGUACUCGUGAAAGAAUUAUUUUUCUCCGUGAAGCAGGAAAAAAACAUUGUUGUCUAUAUACAAUAAACAAACAACUUGUUUGAAAAUUUCCAAUAUUAAUGAUAAAGAAAAUAAUUUUGAUAUUGGCUCAUGUAAUGAAAUUUUAUAAUGAAAUUAUCACUUUUUAAUUCGACAUCUUUUUUCCUUGCUAAACAUAUUAUAGCGGACAAUUUUAUUUUUAAGCCGAUGCAGUAUUUCAAAAAUACGAAUAAACAAAAGCGAAUCUAAUUUCUGCAGUAUGAAUUUUGCAGAAUUAUCUCAUGUGAACAAUAGCGAAUUUAGAAAAUUAUUUUGAAUAUAAAGUGUAAAAUAUAUUUAGUAUCACAGGCAAAAAAUCAUAUAUUGUACAUUAAAAUAAGAAUCACGAAAGCUCUUAUUGUAAGCAAAUGUUUCUCAUUUUUUUAAAUUAAUAUUUUCUAUUAUAGUAAGAAAUUUUAUUUUAAUGCAGGCAUAAUUUUUUGUGUGAUAUCACUAAUAUUGAAAAAGCGCUCUAAAAAAAGAAUCUUCAAACGCAUUGUCUAAAUAUUUAAUGAAAAAAAAAAGAAUACUCGACAUCUUUGACUAAUGUUUGUUUAAAAAAUAAACUCAUUCAAAACAUCUGAA